CCCUGGAGGCGCCGGCCAGGAGGGGCUUCUCGCGUCUCCACUACAAGAGGAGGGCGAGCGGGAAACCAGAGCGGAUUCGGAGCGAGGCGGAGCAGAGGGGACGCGGCAUCCCGCUGAAUCUGCCUUUGGGGCUCGAUCCCUCCAAGGACAGCGCUCGGACUCCUGGGUUCCCCGAGCCGGACGGAGGAAGCGGAGUGGCAGCCUGCAGAUUAGCUCAGGCGCUAACACCCCCCACCCCCAGCUGGUCCCAAACUUCCUGGGAUACUUAGAGCCGGUCCGCCCCUCGAGAAGGGAGCUCGCCGGGCUCGGGAGCCCCGCGCUGGGAGGACCCCACCCCUGGGGCCGGAGAGGGACAGAGCCUGUCCCCGGGAGUGAGCGCGGAGCCCUCCUGGGGUCCCUUGGGGGCCAGGGCUAAGGGGAGAACCCAGGAGUCCUGCUAGGGAGCGGACCCCUCCCGCCCCAGGGAAAGGCAGAGGCCCUGCGCUCUGCGCCCCGGGGACCAUGCGGGGAGCAUCCGCCAGCGCCCCGCUCAACGCCUCGCUCCUGCCCCCGAACCGCUCGUCCUGCCCCGGGGGGCUGCUGUGCGCCAACAGCUCGGAGCCGCGGAGCCCCCCGCGCCUGGUGGACGCCUGGCUGGUGCCCCUCUUCUUCGCCCUGCUGAUGGUGGUGGGGCUGGCGGGCAACUCCCUGGUCAUCUACGUGAUCACCAAGCACAAGCAGAUGAGGACGGUCACCAACUUCUACAUCGCCAACCUUGCCACCACCGAUAUCAUCUUCCUGGUGUGCUGCGUGCCGUUCACUGCCAUGCUGUAUCCCCUUCCAGGCUGGAUCUUCGGGGAGUUCAUGUGCAAGUUUGUCAAUUACAUCCAACAGGUCUCCGUGCAGGCCACCUGCGUCACCCUGACGGCCAUGAGUGUGGACCGCUGGUACGUGACCGUGUUCCCGCUGCGCUCCCUGCGCCAGCGCACCCCCCGCGUCGCCGUCGCCAUCAGCCUGGGCAUCUGGGUCUGUGCAGCAGCUGGCCGAGCGCUCCGAGGCCAUGCGGGCCAAGAUCUCCCGUAUGGUGGUCAUCAUCGUGGUACUCUUCACUGUCUGCUGGGGGCCCGUGCAAUUCCUCAUCCUCGUCCAGGCCUUCAGCCCCAGCUUCCAGCGCAACUACUACAUCUACAAGGUGAAGAUCUGGGCCCACUGCAUGUCCUACACCAACUCCUCCAUCAACCCCAUCGUCUACGCCUUCCUGGGCGUCAACUUCAGGAAAGCCUUCAAGAAGGUCUUUCCCUUCAUCUUCAAGCAAAGGGUGGGCUGCACCAAUGCAGGCAACGCCAACAUCAACACCGAGAUGCACUUUGUGUCCUCGGGCACAUAGGGGGGUGGACAUGCCCCUCCCUGUCCAGAACGGGAGACCAGAUGACCCUCUUUGCUGAUAAGAAUGUGAAGCUCGUAGAGCCUUUCAUCCCAAAGUGCUUUACAAACCAUCUCACUCACCAUUGUAAUGCAACCACCUCUGGGGUGGAAGGCAACAGCUGUUCAUAUAGCCCAGAGCAACACUGCCUGGCAGUUUAGGACAGGAAGUGAAGGAGGACACUCUGAAAGGAGAGGUAGGCAGGCAGUAUGUAAUUACCGCAAGGAGAUUGGGGCUAAAUGGCUAAACCACUCCCACUAAAAAUGGCCUGGGACUUUUAACCCCCACAGAAACAGAACCUCUGCUUUUCCUUUGAAAGAUGUAUGCCUGAGUGCAUUCUGCACCAAAAAAAUUAACAAUUCUCUGCACAAUAUCUUAAAAUUCUGCAAAACUCUGUAAGUUGUAUUUGUCAAUAAAUAAAUACAGAUGCACCAGUAUGGCAGUGGGGAGCACAGGCCACAGGCUGCACGAAGAUGGGAGAUCACCCUGCAGCCUCCCCACCUCACACCCCCGAGACACAGACUCAGCGGUGAGGCUGCACCUGCCCCUGACACAGCACAAGGGCUGGGGCCCUGCCCCUCUGUGCCAGGCGCACCAGGUGUGGGACAGGCAGGCUCAACCAGG